UACUGUUGCCCUUCUACCUGCCACACAUCGUUCGCCCUUCGUCUAUGCCGCCGCUGUUGGUGGUAGCAUGUUGGGCGAUGUCAACAUCUCAGCGAUUCUCGAUUCCUUUUCCAUUAGUUACGAUAAAAGAGUAAGGCCGAACUACGGAGGUCCACCCGUGGAGGUUGGCGUCACCAUGUAUGUCCUCAGCAUCAGCUCCGUGUCCGAAGUGAUGAUGGACUUUACGCUGGAUUUCUACUUCCGGCAAUUUUGGACUGAUCCAAGACUGGCAUUCACGAAGAGGCCGGGGGUGGAGACACUCAGCGUUGGAUCUGAACUUAUUAAAAAUAUAUGGGUACCAGAUACGUUUUUCGUCAAUGAGAAGCAGUCUUACUUUCACAUUGCCACCACCAGCAACGAGUUCAUACGAAUACACCACUCGGGAAGCAUAACACGAAGUAUACGCUUAACGAUCACAGCUUCGUGUCCCAUGAAUCUCCAGUAUUUCCCAAUGGAUCGACAACUGUGCCACAUCGAGAUCGAGAGUUUUGGAUACACAAUGCGCGAUAUUCGGUACAAAUGGCACGACGGCUCAAAAUCUGUCAGCAUCGCGAGUGAGGUGGAAUUGCCGCAGUUUCGCGUGCUCGGUCACAGGCAGCGAGAGAGAACCAUAGGCCUAACCACAGUCGGAUACACGAUGAGAGACAUCCGGUACAAGUGGAACGAAGGGCCCAACAGCGUCGGUGUCAGCAACGAGGUCUCCCUGCCUCAGUUCAAGGUCCUCGGUCAUCGACAGCGGGCGAUGGAGAUUAGUUUGACCACCGGUAAUUAUUCUCGGCUAGCGUGUGAAAUCCAGUUUGUGAGAUCGAUGGGAUACUACCUGAUCCAAAUCUACAUACCCUCGGGAUUAAUCGUGAUAAUCUCAUGGGUGAGCUUUUGGCUAAACCGAAACGCAACCCCCGCUCGGGUAGCCCUCGGAGUAACCACUGUGCUCACCAUGACAACCCUCAUGUCCUCGACAAACGCGGCCCUCCCCAAAAUCUCCUACGUCAAGUCAAUCGACGUCUACCUGGGAACGUGUUUCGUCAUGGUCUUCGCCUCACUCCUCGAGUACGCCACCGUCGGUUACAUAGCUAAGAGGAUUGCCAUGAGGAAAAGCAGGCUACAGAAGAUUGCGGAGAGUGUUGAACUAGCGAGGAAAAAUCCAGUACCUGGAGUGCCUGGAGAUCAUGGGGACCAUGCGCCAAAGCAAACUGAGGUGCGGUUCAAGGUCAACGACCCCAAGGCCCACAGCAAGGGUGGAACACUGGAGAAUACAAUAAAUGGACGGGCCGACGAGGAAGCACCGCCAGUGCCACAGCAUUUUAUACAUCCUGGCAAAGACAUAACGAAGUUGUAUGGUAUAACGCCCUCGGAUAUUGACAAGUACUCUCGCAUCGUAUUUCCCGUGUGCUUCGUGUGCUUCAACCUGAUGUACUGGAUCAUCUAUCUCCACAUCAGCGACGUAGUUGCCGACGAUCUGGUGUUACUCGAGGAGGCAAAGUAGACGAAUCCACCCGGGAACGAGAGAAAAAGUAGAAAAACUAAUGGAAUACUUCGCCGUAGAUCGAAAAAUGGAUUUUUUAGAGAGACUACCAUCGUUAAA